AUGAUAUUCCUAUCUAUUAAUUAUAUCUUGCCCAAAUUACCCAAAGAAAUGAAAAAUCGAACAUCUGUAAGGGAGUUUAUUCUUUUGGGAUUAACAAAUGACCCAAAACUAAACAUUUUAGUUUUUAUAUUCUUAUUUCUCACUUAUAUUUUGAGCAUUACUGGAAAUCUGACCAUUAUUACCCUCACUCUGGUAGACUCACACCUCAAGACACCCAUGUAUUUUUUCCUUCGGAAUUUCUCCUUCCUAGAAAUCUCAUUUACAACAGUUUGCAUUCCUCGGUUCCUUGUGAGCAUUGUGACAGGGGACAUGACCAUCUCCUAUAAUUCUUGCAUGGCCCAGGUGUUCUUCUUCAUACUCCUGGGUUCAAUUGAAUUUUUCCUUCUGGCUGCCAUGUCCUAUGACCGCUAUGUGGCCAUCUGUAAGCCCUUGCAUUACACCACCAUCAUGAGCAGCAGGGUCUGCAUUCAGCUCGUAGUAAGCUCCUGGCUGGCUGGAUUUCUCAUCAUCUUUCCACCUGUGAUCAUGGGGCUUCAGCUGGACUUCUGUGACUCCAACAUCAUUGACCAUUUUGCCUGUGACUCCUCUCCCAUGCUGCUCAUCUCCUGCACAGACACAGCCUUCCUAGAGAUGUUGGCAUUCUUCCUGGCAGUAUUCACUCUCAUGGUAACCUUAACAUUGGUGAUUCUCUCCUAUCUAUUCAUCCUUAAGACAAUUCUAAGAAUCCCUUCUGCUGAGCAAAGGAAAAAGGCCUUCUCUACCUGUUCCUCACACAUGAUAGUUGUCUCCAUCUCCUAUGGAAGCUGCAUCUUCAUGUAUGUCAAAACUUCAGCAAAGGAAGGAGUGGCUUUGACGAAGGGUAUCGCAGUGCUCAACACCUCUGUUGCCCCAAUGUUGAAUCCUUUUAUUUACUCCCUUAGAAACAAACAGGUGAAAGAAUCCUUUAAGAACUUGAUCAAAAAAUGUGUGUCAAAUAAAAUUUAA